UAAAGCAAAUCCAAAUUAGACUGGCUGAAGUGUACUCAGUGGCGGCGGUACAGUUUUAAUGCUCAUAGUACUUGAGUUUCACGCUUUCAAAAAAUCUAUAGGAGCUUAAAAAACAGGGUUUGCAGUUUGUCGUUAUUUAUUUAUCUCUUUCAAUCUCGAAGUCUGCAAAGCCAAAUUUGUGAAUCAACAAAGAUUCUGGGCUCCCCUGUUUGUUUCAUUCAGUAAUAAGAUAAAUGGAGAGCAACCAUAGCAAUAAUAACUUGGAGCAAACACUGCAAGCCGGGAAAUUGUACCGUCAUGUUAAUUCCCUCAUAGUCUCUCAUCUUCGCGAUAAUAAUCUCAAUCAGGCUGCAAGUGCUGUAGCUUCAGCUACAAUGACACCAAUGAAUGUUGAAGCUCCUCCCAACAAGCUACUGGAAUUGGUUGCAAAGGGUCUUGCAGUGGACAAAGAUGAGACACUGAGAGGAGUUUCUACAGCUGUACCUUUUGAUCCAAUUGUAACUGCAGGAUAUGGCUCAAUCCUAGCCCCUCGGGCUGCAUCUGUUGAUUUCAGUAGCGUGAGCGAUACAAAAGGGCUGUCAAAAAAUAUCCCAAAGCAUGAGUCACGACAUAUUUCUGAGCACAAGAAUGUUGCAAGGUGUGCCAGAUUUAGUCCUGAUGGAAGAUUUCUUGCUACUGGAAGUGCAGACACGUCAAUUAAAUUGUUUGAGAUUGCAAAAGUUAAGCAAAUGAUGCAGCCAGACGCAAGGGAUGGCCCAGUGAGGCCUGUUAUACGGACUUUUUAUGAUCAUCAACAACCAAUAAAUGACUUGGAUUUUCAUCCGCAAAAUACGGUACUCAUAUCUGGAUCAAAAGAUCGCACCAUCAAGUUCUUUGAUUUUUCCAAAACGGUAGCAAAGAGAGCAUUUAGAGUGAUUCAGGAUACACAUAAUGUAAGGUCGGUGUCAUUUCAUCCUUCCGGGGACUAUCUUCUGGCAGGAACUGAUCAUCCAAUUCCCCACCUAUAUGACAUUAACACUUUCAAAUGCUACCUGCCACCAAAUUUCCAAGAGAUGGGUGUCAAUGGUGCUAUUAAUCAGGUUAGGUAUUCAUCUACUGGUGGAAUGUAUGUAACUGCAUCCAAAGAUGGUGCAAUUCGGUUAUGGGAUGGGGUAACGGCUAGUUGUGUGCGAUCCAUAGAUGGUGCACAUGGAGCGGCAGAGGCUACAAGUGCAAAUUUUACGAAGGAUCAAAGGUAUAUUCUCUCUUCGGCAAAAGACUCUUUGGUGAAGCUUUGGGAAGUUGGCACAGGAAGAUUGGUCAAACAAUAUCUUGGAGCUACACAUACAGAGUUGCGCUGCCAGGCUGUUUUCAAUGAUACAGAAGAAUUUGUAUUAUCAAUUGAUGAAUCUCUAAAUGAGGAUGUUGGUCACAGAUUGUUGCAUGGGAUGCCCUUACCACAGAAAUAGUGGCUAGAUGGCCCUCCAACCAUAUUGGUGCACCCCGUUGGCUUGAGCAUUCCCCAGUAGAAGCUGCAUUUGUGUCAUGUGGGAUUGACCGAUCCAUUCGGCACUGGAAGGAGGUCCUUUAGUGCCACUAUUGAGCCAGUGGAAUUAGUAAAGCCAGAGAUGUACCAAUGUAAUUUAAUAAGCUUGCUGUAGCCUGUAAGAAACUCUCAGCACACUUGUUUGUUGUAUAGAGAGAAGAGAAAGAGGCAUUCGGAGGAGGUCAACCAAGCAAAACUCUUUACCUCUUUUUGGCUGUGCAGUGAGCUAAGUAGAUGGAAGUGAUUAUUUCUCUCUGUACAUCCUCUAAGCCUUGAUUCUUUUCCCCUCUGUUGGAGAACAAGAAGAGGCAAUGAGCUACAAGGCAGGUUACAAGUUGGUCCAAUGGUCAGGCAUGAUGGUUAAUCUCCUCUAUCUUGAUAAAUGUCCUUUGCUGAUCAACCAUACUUCUUUUAAGGGAAGAUUGAAUAUUGCUUGAGGGACAUGUAUUUAGGCGUUUUUUUAAAUCUUCUGGCAGCAUGUCUUUCCAAGUUCUUGUAAUUGAUUGAAACUAUUAGUGUAGACAUAAGCGUGACAAUCCUUUUGGGAUUCUCAGUAGCAAUCUUCUACCCUCUAAUAUGAUACUAUUCUUGAAGAAUAUAAUUCAAACACACAAUUUGCAGGUA